UUAGAGAUGAACGUGUAAUUUACUCGUAGAAAGGUGAAGGAAUCGUAGACUGAGUCCAGAUCUGGCGAUGCCUUCGCAGGCACUGCCCAAUCCGAGGACAACCAUGAGCCGCUCCGUCGGAAAAUCUGCGCAACCGCUCACCCGCUCCUCUAUGCAAUCUGCUUUCCAGCUGCCCCCUUCCGAGGAGGAGGCUGAGGCGGGCAUCUCCGUAUUGAAGCAGAUAUUUUUUUCAGAGACGCGCGUUCAAGGACCACCAAAGAUUCUCUAUCUGUUCAAUUUAUUAUGCUUAAACCCUUCUCUUAGGCGAAUGGUUGUAUCAUUGGCAUCUGAUAAAGCCAUCUGGGAUGCGAUUAUGAAAAAUGAAGCAGUUCAAGAACUCAGAGAAUCUUGUAUAACUGGUCUUAUGCUACCUUCAGGUUGUCAAGGAGAAACUGGAAGCAUCCUGUCUGAAUUCUGGAAUGCAGGUCGUGACAUUGCCAUAAUAAUUCUCAGAUGGAUCUUGGAAAAUCUCAAAACAAAAGUUCAUGCACUUUUGCUUCUGAUUUCCCAGCUUGUCGAUGAGCUCUUUCAUGUUGUGGAACCAGGAACAAGCAUGGGUUUCUUGGACGGCAUACUGAGAUCUAUGUUUAUGUUGUCGCUCAUGGUAAUUAGUAUUGUUAUCAUUAUUCGUAUCCAGCAGAAAUAUGGUCUGGCUCGUUGAGCUGGUCAUAGUUUGUGGAUUGUUCGAACUUAAUCAUGCCACCAUUGUUCGCCAAUUGGGCACUAUAAUAAUUUAAGGCCCUGAAUCGUUUGAUGAAA